AUGAAUAAAUUUUGUGUUCAAAUUGUUUUAUUUCUUUUAAGCAUCUCUGUAUGUGUAAAUACUAAAUCCAUUGUAGCUAAGCCUGAUCCAAAAAAAGCUACAGAAUCCAAAUCAACAAAAUUUUAUCCUACCAAUGAUACCUCAGAAGAAAUAUAUGAAAAAAACAAGCACCUAUUAUGUACCAAUCCCGAAGAAACUAUGCAAGCAGAAAAACUUAUGAACGAAGCUGUAACACAUUUAGAAUAUCAUGCUACAAGUAAAGAUUAUAAAUUAUGUAAAAAAUAUAAUUUUCAUCAUGCGUUUUUUUAUAAAAAAAAGCAUCAAAAUCAUACAGAUGUUGAAAAAAUUCAAUAUACAAUUGAUGAUCCGGAUAAGUAUAAUGAAGUAAUAAACGAUUUAUGGAAUUCCGAUAGUGUCAAAUUGCUCAUUGUUGGUCCCGCUAAAAUUACCCGUGUGUACAAUCCAAAUUUAGUAAUGAUACAACAACGUUACAAAAAAAAAUUUGGACGCCGUCAAAAAUAUUUUUAUGCUUUAGCUAAAAAGAUUGAAAUAUCAAAAGACAAAACUAUAAUUGUCAUGACUUCAGUAAAUGUAAUUGAUCAAAACCCUUCCAAUAAAAAAUAUAAAAACACAAUAAUAGAAAACGCAAAUUUAUUCAAAACAACCAUUGAUUCUGAAGAUGAUAUUAGAAAAGGAGAAUUAAAAAAAACAUUCCUUAACAUAGCUGGAUAUAUCAUUGAAAAAAGAAAAAAAUAUGUUGAUAUCACCUAUGUCGAAUCUGUAAGUGAUAUUCAAAUUUUAAUAACAUAA